AAGAAACAAACCAACAAAAAAAAAACUAAUAACUAAUCUGUUAUAUAUCAAAACUGAUUAAGAAAAAAGUGUCUCUGAAAUUAAUAUCAAUUCAAAAUGCAACCCCUUAAACGUUUUACACAGUGUGGCAGUUUGACCAUGUUAUUUGGGGUUUUCAUUAUUUUGUUUGGCGUCAGUUCAACAGCUUUAACCACAUUUGGCAAAUCCAGCAAUAAUCCACCACCCACACCCGGUCCGAUUGUAAAAGGACGUGAAUGCAACACACACGACGACUGUGCAGCGAUAGAAAGAUCAAGUUGUGUAAAAGAUCCGGAUGAUUUAAAGCUGAGAUGUUUGUGCGGUGAUGAUACACCACCCAAUAAUGGCCUAUGUGCAGAUGUUUUAAAGGGUCUGCGCCACAAAUGCGUCAGUAGCAAUGACUGUGAAGAUGGUCUGGUGUGUCAAUAUGAAAAUUCGAAUCGUACCAUUGGUGUUGCCAAGUUUAUGUCAACAAAAGCUAAAAUAUGUUUAUGUGACAAUGAAAAUGGUUAUUUCGAAGAUUUAGUACAUGACAUUUGUAGUGGUGCGGCAAACCUUGUUAUAUCACUUUUGACAGCUGUGAUGCCAUUUGUUAUUUAUGCCAGCUUAAAGAGUUAUUUCUAAAACAAA